ACUGUCAAAUGUCAAAUCAUUAAGCGAAGCGUCAUUGACCAGUUAUUUUUAUUAGUGUUUUUUAAAAAAUAAUUAAAACAAGUAUAACUUAAAGUUUAAUAAUGAGUUCUGAUAACAUAAUAGAAAACAUAUUUACGCCGUUCCAGGAAUGCAUAAACAACGAGCAAGACGUCCGAGAGGAAAUAAGGAACAUCAUGAAAGAUAUCGAAAAGCCGCUCAGAGAGAUUGUUACAACGCUCCAAAUAAUUCACCGGACUCCCAACGGGGAAGAAAUUUCAGCGGCCUGUUUUACAGCGCGAGAGCUCUUUGAGAGUGUGAGGGCAGGGUAUGAAAAGUUGAAUACCGUGGUUCCUGCUGGACAGUACUAUCGGUACAACGACCAUUGGCGUUUUGCCACUCAACGCUUGUGCUUCUUGGCGGCUCUUAUUAUAUUCCUCGAGAAGGGCUUUCUUGUGGAUAAGAAAACCACAGCUGAGAUUUUGGGACUACAUGACAAGUCUCGCCUUCACUUGGACUUAGAAGACUACUUAAUGGGCCUCUUGAAUCUGGCGACGGAGUUGUCGCGGUUUGCUAUAAAUUCGGUUACUUAUGGGGACUACAACAGACCUUUACAAAUCUCGAAGUUUGUGGCGGAAUUGAACGCGGGUUUUCGUUUGUUGAACUUAAAAAACGAUUCUUUGCGUAAAAGAUUCGACGCUCUUAAGUAUGACGUUAAAAAGAUUGAAGAGGUCGUGUAUGACUUGUCUCUGCGUGGUCUUGCGCCUAACAGAGGAGAAGUAGUGGAAUAAUGGCAGUAUACUUUUUAAUGUACGAUUUACUAAAAUAAAUGAACGGUUUAGAAUCUAAAA